CUCUUGAUUCUUUGUGAAAUAAAACAGAACGCAUAACAGAGGAAAACAAAAAAAAUGUCGAUUCUUCUGUAUUUCAUCUUGUGUCUUCUUCCUCUCGCUCUUUUUUCAUUAUUAUUCAUGAAGAAAUCUAAACAAAAUCUUCCUCCGAGCCCACCAAAGCUUCCGAUCAUCGGAAACUUACACCAGUUUCGAGGAUUGUUACAUAGAUAUGUACACGAUCUAUCCAAGAAACAUGGACCCGUGUUGCUUCUCCGUCUAGGAUUUAUCAAUAUGGUUGUGAUCUCAUCUAGCGAAGCGGCUGAAGAAGCUCUCAAAACACACGACCUUGAGUGUUGUACUAGACCAAAGACUAUGGCAUCAGCAAAAUUUUCGCGCAACGGUAAAGACAUAGCCUUUGCUCCAUACGGUGAGGUUAGCAAAGAGAUGCGCAAGCUUUCCGUUCUUCACUUUUUCAGCGCGAAAAAGGUUCGAUCUCUUAGGUAUAUAAGAGAAGAAGAAAAUGAUUUGAUGGUCAAGAAACUUAAAGAAUUGGCUCUGAAGAAAUCUACAGUAGAUUUGAGCCAAACACUGUUCUGUCUUGUUGGGAGUAUCAUAUUCAGAUCCGCCUUUGGACAGCGUUUUGACGAGAACAAGCAUGUUAAUCAGGAAAAUAUCGAAGAACUCAUGUUCGAGGUCCAAAAGACUGGCUCUUUCAGUAAUUCUGAUGUUUUCCCUGCUGGUGUGGGAUGGUUUAUGGACUUUGUGUCAGGACGGCAUAAGAAACUUCAAGAAGUCUUCGUCGAGGUUGAUACUUUGCUGAAUCAUAUUAUUGAUGGUCACUUGAAAAACCCUGUGGACGAAACAACUCUUGAUCGUCCUGAUCUCAUCGACUCGCUCUUAGAUGUGAUGAAUAAACAAGAACAAGAUCAAUCUUUCAAGCUCACCAUUGAUCAUCUCAAAGGAAUCGUCCAAAAUAUAUAUCUUGCUGGAAUAGACACAAAUGCUAUCACCAUGAUUUGGGCAAUGGCAGAGCUGGUUAGAAACCCACGGGUGAUGAAGAAAGCUCAAGAUGAGAUACGAACUUGCAUUAGAAUCAAUCAAAAUGAAAGAAUCGAGGAAGAAGAUGUUGAUAAGCUUCAAUACUUGAAGCUUGUGAUCAAAGAAACCUUAAGACUACAUCCACCAGCUCCUCUUUUACUUCCAAGAGAAACAAUGGCUGAUAUCAAGAUUCAAGGCUACGCCAUUCCUAAGAAAACACUUCUAUUGGUUAACACAUGGUCGAUAGGACGAAACCCUAAACUCUGGGAAAACCCUGAGGAGUUUAACCCGGAGAGAUUUAUCGAUUGUCCUAUGGAUUACAAAGGAAACAGCUUUGAGUUUUUACCCUUUGGCUCUGGUCGUAAGAUAUGUCCAGGGAUAGCUGUUGGGAUUGCAACCGUUGAAUUGGGACUCUUGAACUUGCUUUACUACUUUGACUGGAGAUUACCUGAGGAAGAUCAAGAUAUAGACAUGGAAGAAGCUGGUGAUGCCACCAUUAUUAAGAAAGUUCCUCUUAAGCUUUUCCCAGUUAUUCAUCAUUAAAAAAAUAAAGAAAAAAUCGUCUAUCACUUAAUGAAGGCACAAAUUUAUGUAUAAAAAACUUAGGUAUAUAUCUUUUGAUUACUCCAUAUACAGUAUACUGAUGUAUGUGUUUCAUAUAUAAUGAUUAUCAU